AUGCAUCAUCAUAACAAUAUAGUUUUUUUUUUAAGAUCGGUUCGCUAUCUAGGAGCUAAAGCUGUGGAUCACUUUCUUUACUUAACCUGUCUCUAUAAUUGCUGUAAAAAUUGCUACGAAUUUCUCUCUCACUCUAUCGUUCUCUCUCUCACUCUAUCGUUCUCUCUCUCUCUCUCUCUCACACUCUAUCGUUUUCUCUCUCUCUCUCUCUCACACUCUAUCGUUUUCUCUCUCUCUCUCUCUCACACUCUAUCGUUUUCUCUCUCUCUCUCUCACACUCUAUCGUUUUCUCUCUCUCUCUCUCUCACACUCUAUCGUUUUCUCUCUCUCUCUCUCUAUCGUUUCUCUCUCUCUCUAUCGUUUUCUCUCUCUCUCUCCAUCUAUUUUCUCUCUCUCUCACACACUCUAUCGUUUUCUCUCUCUCUCUCACACUCUAUCGUUUUCUCUCUCUCUCACUCUAUCGUUUUCUCUCUCUCUCACUCUAUCGUUUUCUCUCUCUCUCACUCUAUCGUUUUCUCUCUCUCUCACUGUAUCGUUUUCUCUCUCUCUCUCUCACUCUAUCGUUUUCUCUCUCUCUCUCUCUCUCACUCUAUCGUUUCUCUCUCUCUCUCUCACUCUAUCGUUUUCUCUCUCUCUCUCACUCUAUCGUUUUCUCUCUCUCUCUUUUUUGUUCAUUCAUCUCUCUCUCUUUUUUACUCCACCACAACCACUUUAGGUCCCUUACCCCUCGAUAUCUAUAUAACUCCCUCCUCUAUUAUAGGUCAAUUCUUAUUCCCCCUCCUUUUAUCCUUUCCGUUUUCUUUUUUCCUUCUUUUCUUCCUUUGCCUUUCAAAUUUCCUGUGA